GCAAAGCCCUUGGAUCCAAACAAUUACUCGGAUAUCCCGCGACGCCAGUGACCAUAUGAGGAGUCACAGUAUCACUAACAAGCUUACAAACAAUAUCUCAAUCGCUCCGCUUUCCACCAGGAGUUGAAUUCCAUUUGAAAAGGAGGAAUCAUCCCCUUCCUACGGUUCAGCCUAACAAUAUCUAUAAAGGUCGCACCAAUCAGACUAGAGUUUUCGCCAUUUUAAAUGAGUCCCACUGUUGCUGCAGAACUUUCUCAGGACGCCGACUCAUUUAAGAGUCCCCCUGUCCCAACGGGAUGGACUGCCAAACUCAUAAAUCCGGACACGGUACAAAAUAUGUUCCAUUAUUCUACUGGUUUGACAGCGACCCUUGAGCUCGCCGAAAUCAAUGGCUCGCGCUACGUUUUUUCAUCAGGCAAGGAUUACUACUUAUGGAACACGGCAAGCCAGGAAGGGUGGCGUAUUGUCAAUGUAAAGAGUCGUGAUGAAUUGUAUACCCAGUUGGCAAAGGGUAGAGGAGGACUGGAGCUUGAAGAACUGCCGGAUUACGGCAGCGAUCUCGAAGGAUAAAUGUUUGAACGUUCGUACCAGCCCGUCACACAUAGUAUAUGUUUGGUGUGUAACCUGUGCGUAUAUAAGAAUGUAAACCUCCGAGUGACAUGCUAUAGCUACAUCCAGCUUCCGUGUCAUCAGGACAAACUUCCCCCCUGAAA